CUGUCAUAGUUCGGGGCGAAUAACCGACCGCGCUGCUCAUCUACACCUACGUACACCGAAAAAGGCCUUUAUUCAUGCACUGCAGUUUACAUUUGUGCACUUUCUCAGUUCUCUCUCUACUUUGAAUUAACAUAGAGGUUAGCAAUGUUAGUUUGAUUGACCGGCGUGAGCUCCAAGUUGAACGAGAGAAGCACGAUAACAUUGCGUACAAAUAUUAUUUUUUUAAUUGUUGUUUUUCAUUUAAGUUCGAACAGUGUAAACAAUGGCUUCUUCCACUGAUGUUGCUACAAUCAGAGCUCAGAGAUAUUUAAACGAGCCGUUGGCGGAGCGAUGUAGAGAUCUGUCUAUAUUGAUAGACGAGUCAAGUACGACUGAGCUGCAGCUAGUCUUCCCCCUGCUGAUAGAUUCCUUAUUCGGAAUAGUAGACAAUAUUGGAUGGGGCUUGCACAAUAUCACCCUGAAAAGAAAUCCACACGAAUAUGAUGCGCUGUGCCACUUUCUUAGCCCGCAAGGACCAAUGUUUUCUUUAUGCUACAAACUACUUCCCGACUGUUAUCUCAAGUACAAUUUUCCAGUGUCAUAUCUUCCAUCGAAAAUACGCUCCAUGUUGGAGGAAGCUAUGAUAUCACCAUUUUAUCUUGAUAAAAUAAGAGAUGAUCAAGGGACACGUGUCCCUUCAGCUUUAUCUAUGAAUCCCUUUGAGUACUACAUAUUUCAUUUUGCAUAUCAUUUGACCAAUCCCUGGUUACAACUUCAACAGCAAGAAAACGUGUGGAUGAAUUGGGAAACGGUUUAUGUGCAAUUAGCGCAUUGUUAUCUGUAUCAUUUCCUUCCGCGAGAUAAUUCUCCGGUUCUACCGGUGAUCGGGCCGUACGUGAAGAAGACGCCGCCAAGGAAAUUGACUCAGUCACCAGAAUUUCGAAGAGAUUGCCAGAAAUUACAAACACUGAGGCUCCUUCGAGCAUCUAUUUUAUCAUCGGGCUCGAUGAGUCCUGGAUCAGGCGUGCCGCAGCAGCAGCAGUGCUUGCCGCAAGUCUGGCGAAGCGAGACCGUAGUACAAGUCUUCCUUGAUUUUUGGUUGGAGUACACAGAGGACACGCAAUUGAGUACAUCCUAUCUGUCUUCGAUACCGCGACGACACAGUAUACAUUCCGGAGAACACAUACGUCUUGUAAGGGCGUUCAUAAAGACGCUGCACGAAUUUACGAAUAGCGCUACAGGCGACAAGAGCGCAAUGGAUGAAUUGAAGAGAAUAAUUCUUCCUUCGGUUCAAGGAAAAAUAUAUACGUUUUUGAGAAAGGCAAUACAUCAUUGGCCUCUAGACAGCUCGUUUAGAUUGAUACUGGAAGCUUGGCUGAGUUUUAUUCAACCAUGGAGAUAUGUACCAGGAAUAACAUACACUAAAGAAGGUAAAGCAGAGGAAGAAGAAAGGGGAAAGAUCCACGAUCCUGGUAGAUGGAUCUGUUUUGUUGCUAAUAAUCUGUUGGCGUACACGGUUGUGUUUCAGCAGUUGCUUCCGCGAUUUAUGCGAACUGACCUCGUAGCACCUAAGAAUGCAUUAAUGUUGUUCAGAGUUACAAAAGUAUUUUCACAACCAUACUUGGCAAAAAUGAUAUGCGAAGUGGAGAGUUGUAUGGACGACGUAGGCUUAAGUAAAGGUCGAAUAGCUACGAAUCAGUGGACAUCGAUCAUCAGGCAGCAGAUUCUUGAAUUGGAGGGUCAGACGUAUCUAUACGUUCCCAUGUUUUCGACAGCCACUAAUCUGCAGGUGGUAUGGUUUUUGAGUAACAUUAAACAAGCGCAUUUAACGGCGACUAGCCUGGUCGAGGCUCUGGAAAACAGAAGAAGAGGAAAGCGCUUUCUCCUCUCUCUAUGGGAGUUCUUUAGCUGCGAGGAAUACUCGUCGGAUGACAUCAGCAUAGAGGAGCGACGACGUGUUCCGGUGCUCUUGGCUACCGCCCAACAACAGCUGAUAGAUAUAUUUCAAAUACAGCUCGAGGAUAUUCCACAAGUUGCUAUAGUCGCGGAUCAAGAAUAUCACGAUAGCAUUCUGUCGACUUCAUUCUGCCAUCAAUCGCAGAUGGAGUCUAGCUUCGACUCGAGCAGACCGGGUACUUUCGUACCGUUGCAAGAGGGUAGACAGACGUGCCGAUACGUUGAAUACAUGGGCGAUCCAGAGUUGCAGCCGGUGCGAACAAACGAGUGCGCCUUUCUCGUUCAAAACUUCUACAAGCUGUGCUGUUACAUCAAUCUCAAGUAUCGACACGAGAUAAUCACACUGUACAACAGACAGAGCUUCCUCGGUAGUAUUUGUCGGCAACUGAUCACCCCGCCUACCACCAUUGUAAAAUUACCCAAACGAAUGGCAAACGGAUUUACCAGUGGCUCUGAGGAACGAUUGCCGCCUCGACUAAGUUUACGGCCUCUAGCCAAUUACACCUUUCUCAUGGGUAUAUCAUUUGGUAUAUUUGGCGCAUGGCUUGUCAAUUACAGCCCUGUCGUGUUCCUGGGAUUUAUAUUUUUUAUAUGGAUUGUGUAUAUUAUCGUACGUGCAACAUUGCAACACUAUUUUCUAUCUGGCACAAGUAUUUUCAGACCAAGUUUGAGUGCAUCUUCCAUGAAUCGAUGAUACUUUCGUACUUUAAGAUUUAAUGAACGUUGCAGUAAGUAAUUUUGGAUAAAAUAUUUUUUGCCAAUAACAAAAACGAUUUUUGAUACGUAUAUAUUUGCAAAUGUAUUAAACGAUAGAAAAUAUAUUAUCAAUAACAUUGCUGUUUGCCAACCAUUACUUUAAGUAAUUACGCUAAGUAAUUGCGUGAAAUUGUAUUUACAUUGCAAUUAUUUAUAAUCGGAGACCUUCGCGUUUAAAAAUGACUCUAUGAACUAAUUUGUUGAACUAUUUUCUAAAUUGUUUAUGUGAAAAAUGAACGUAUGUAUAUGUAUCCUUUUGUAAUUAAAUUAACAUUUGUGUAGUACUUUUAUAUUCGUAACAGUUCAAGCCGAGUUAUUUUUAAAAAAACGUAAGAAGCCAUGUAUAUCAUCUCUCAUUGAUUACAUGCAAUAAUUAUUACCAGUA